GUUGCCCCCACCUGCCGGGACGCCCCCCGCGUCCAAUCGCCGCGCUCCGCGUUGCAAAUCUCGCUUCGCCUAGACAGGUCAGCCGCAGCAGCUUUUCCUUCCCUGAGCUCCAUAGUCCAUCCCAUCCCACGCCACUCACUUUCUCCUCGUGAAGCGAGCUGGAUUCCAAACCGAUCGGUUAAACGGCCGCGCGCCGCGCCAGCAGCCUCGGGCUUGGGCCGCCAGAUCCACGCGGACAGACGAGACCACCGCAAAAGCUUUUCAAAUCCCGGAGCCGAUUCCGCGCAGGGACGUAGCCCGCUCGAUCCCGUCGCCGUCCUCCCGUUGCGUCGGGGAGCGACGUCAUGGGGAACAGCAUAUACAGGUUCCUGUGCGGCCUGUGCGCCCCCUCGUCGCAGGAGCACGGGCUCCACGGCGCGCACCCCGCCGUCGCCGCGCUCGGCCGCGACAUCCUCAACUUCGGGGCCGCCUCGCAGGUCCCGGAAGGGCUCAGCCGGCACGUCGUCUCCUCCAAGAAAGCGCAGGCUAAUUGGUACAAGAAGCUUCUGGCGGCAUGGAAGAAAACCCGGCCACCUCCGAAGACGCCGGAGGAAGCCGCGCGCUUCGUUGUGCAGACGCUCAAGAACCAUCAGAAAGCAGACGUCGAGGGCUUCUUGGUUUUCUACGGCCUUCCGCAUCCAAACGCAGCACCAGGCGCUCCCGCUCCAGCGCCUCACGCUGCUCCCCCGCCGCCCAAACCUCAGAGCGCCAAGUUCGAGCUGCACACGCUCCCCGUGGACCCCAAGGCGGUGUCCGACGGCGACACGAUCAACGUGUACGUUGAUACGGCCGACCCCCGUGAGUCCGGCAGCGUGCCCCGAGAGGUGCAGAAGGCGGCGGCGGAGCGGGCCAAGGCGCGGGCGGUCAAGGACUACCAGAAGGCCGACGCGCUGCAGAAGAUCAUAGUCAACGGAGGAUACAGGCCAGUUCCUAACGCGAGAGGCGAAGAGGUGCUCGGGAAGAAGUACAGGAUCAGGCUAAGGGGGAUCGACGCGCCGGAGAGCGCGAUGCCGUACGGCAAGGAGGCCAAAGAGGCGCUGUUGAAACUUGUUCAGGGAAAGAGCCUGAAGGUCUACGUGUACGACGAAGACAUGUAUGGUAGAUGCGUCGGAGACAUCUACUGCGACGGCGUAUUUGUGCAGGAGCAAAUGCUGAAGAAGGGGCUUGCAUGGCAUUACACCGCCUAUGACCAACGCCCGGAGCUGGCCAAGUGGGAGAAGCAGGCACAAACUGGCCGGAAGGGCCUGUGGGCGUCGUCGAAGCCACAUAAACCAUGGGAGUGGAGGAAAGCGAAGCGCAAUGGGACGGCAUGAACAGAUCUCGGAGUUCAGUACAUGUUGUGUGUUGUUGUAGCCAUGAGCAGCUGAUCAAUUUAUUUAGCCUGCAGACUCUAAGCCCAGAGCUGUACUCGAACUGAACACCAACUUAGACUGUGCAGUGUGUAUGCCACUAUAGAGCAAAAUAUAAAACUAAACAACAUACAUGAUCGUAUUUGUUAAAAUAAAUAAUAUAUUAUUGUAUUUAUAAUUUUAA